CCUAGAGUCUUGAGAGGGAGAAAAGCACCGGGGGAAUAGUCUUCACUCACCGUCGGCAACUUUUUUCCCCUUCGCAAACAACCCUCUUCUUCCUUCUUCUCUUUCUUCUUCUUUGUCUUCAUCGACACCUCUUCCCUCUGCCCUUCUCCGUCGGUCGCUUUUAUCCGAUUUAUUCUUUGUAUUCAUCGAACAUAGGUUUCAUCCGAUUCAGCUCAUCUCACACCCCUGAUUACAGCACACUCCUUCCUCAUGGCGCGACAUCCCAUCCCCACACUUGUCGGUAACUCGAUUCACGGCCAGACCCAGGCGACACUUAUGAAGCUGCAUCAGCAGAGCCUCGAGAAGACCAUCAAUUCGACCGUGACAUUCGUCGACAACGACACCGCUGCGGCCAGCCAACAAAACCAGGACCAACAGCGGACUCAUAACAAAAAGAAGAAAAAGUACUACCCAUGGAUCCAGCGAGAUUCCCAGAACCAGCGCAAUAAGAUCGGUCAAGAGGGCAGCCGACGCCGCCAGCGACACGACAAUGACAAAUUUGUGCACCACCCGUUUGCGGUUCUCUACCAAGUUGACUUGCCCUUCCCUGGUUACGAUCGAGAUGCUCCUUCCUUUCACUGGAAGCACGAUGCCACGAUCGAGUCCUUAAUCAGCAAUAAUCCUCCGUCCUCAAGGCGAUCCAAGCCCGUGUCGUUGGCAGAUGAUGUCCCUCCUUCCCCUACUGGUCCCGCAAUCGGGCAUCGUUUGCUGACUAGAGCCCAGCGAAAAGAUAUCAAAAAGGUACAUGUCCCGCAGGGAAUCGUAAUGCAGUACGAAGGCGAGCUCGUCAGCUUCUUGGACCAAUUGACGUUGUCUGAGGAUGGUGAAGAUGAGAGUGAGGACAGCCAGGAAAGCGACAGCGACUCAUCUCUGUCUGACCCUGUAUUGGUCGUUGCAGAAGACGGGUGUGCUGAAAUUGAGGGCUCGAGCUGGGUCCUCGUACAACCGCACAUGACGGACGAUGUUCAGGCUAGAGAGCAGUCUCUUACUGAGCAGGAGCCGUCCGAGGAGAUCGCCAAGGAGGUGGAUUCGUCGGCAUCUGAACAGCAGAGCGAGGAACGACCUCAGAUCUACCUCCGAUGGGACAUCCAAGACCAGUUCCUGAGAUUCGUCGCCCAUGCUCUGUGCGCCUUCUACGGGCUUGUUUCCUUCAGCAAAACCGCAAUGGAUGGCAAGCGGCUAUUGUACAUCUGCCAUCCUGCGCACUUGGACUCGAUCGGCCAACUUGCCGCCGAUCCCGCCACAAGUACUUCCCCCAGUGGAGAAUCAGAAAAGGCAGCACCGGUGCGUCCAAAGCUUCCGAAGCGACAGAGCACGCUGGAACAUGUUCAGGAGCUGCCGCUUCAUGUAUUGGAUCAGCUCUGGAAUAAGGUCGAACCCGUCAAGGUGUCUGAUUGCCUGCGCCCGGACAUGACCUUUUUCGAGUACCUCUAUCCCUCCACACGGCCGAUGUUUUACUGAUGACGCCCGCCAUUCUAAGGAGCAUUGUUAUUGUUUUUUUGCCCCAGUUUUGAAUUCCUAUAAGCAGCUUUUGUCCUUUUAGAAUCGACUGUUCUUCUCGAUAUCAUUGUUC